AUGGCCUCUCCACACCUCUCCUCUCGCCCUGCUCCCAGCCAUCCCGGGCCGACGUCGUCUCCCGCCUUCUCUCGCCCCUCGCCUGCCCUGAGCGCCGUGCCGGCCUCGCCCUCGCUCUUCGCCAACCCUCCUCCAAACUUCCUCCCCAUCGCUCGGCCUUCGCCUGCCGUCCGGCCUUUCCUCCCACACCACCACCCUCUGUCCAUCCCACUUGCGCUGUCGCCGGUCUCUCGCCUGCACUCGCCCUUCCUCCCGCAGUCGCCUCUGAUCCUGCCGCUGUCGUCGCCGCUGCCUCCGCAGGUGCUGCCGCCGCCCCCUUCGCAUUUGCUGCUGCCCCAUCUGCCGCCCUUCUCGCCCCACUCGCCCCACCCGCUGCCACCCCUCUUCACCUCCUUUCCCGUCUACCCAUCGCCCCAAGGCCCCUCUGCCCGUCCUCCCGUGCUCUUUGGCCCCUAUCCGCCUCUGUCGCCCGCCCCUCCCUCGGCCUUUGCCCACCCCCUCAUCCCCCCGCCGCUGCCCCAGUUUGCCCAGGACCUGAUCAACGCCUCGUCGUCCUCGGCCUCCACCCCCACCACGCCAAAGUACAUCCCGUCGCCUCCUGCCGGCUCGCUGCCGAAUCCCGCCUCCAUGGCCACCGAUUCCACCACCACGCCCUCGCCUCAGCUCUCCCAGGUCGUGCCCAGCGACCUGCCCAUGCCGCCUCCACCCCCUCGUCGGUCCAAGGAGGAUACCAGGGAUCUGAAGCGUGCCUAUGUCGACGACAGCUACGACCUUCCCGAGGCUGCCCUCCAACCGCCCAUCCCCCACACCCAUACCCCCUCAUUAGAUUUGGAUCAUCGCUCCAGCCCUUCCCUCCAUAGAACCUCCAGAAAAAGCCAUACCCUUUCGUCCUCUGAUUCCGCCGCUGACUUUGACUCGUCUUCUCUGGGCGCCGAUCCAGCAAGCCGCUCAUCGUCGCUGGAGCUUCCCUCCCACCCUCCGGACGCCGUCGCUGCCGAGCGCCGCUCUUCCUCAAAGUCUGCCACGAGCUCGCCCAUGCUGUCGGAAUCAGGCGCCGCCUCCAAGGCCCGCAAGCUCAACCACGGCUCGCUCUCGAAACAGCGAUCUGUGCCAUCCGGCCUCGCCGACGCCGCUAGGUCCGACGAACCGGCCGUUCCGUCGUCGCCCGUGCUGGCGCCCUCUCGCCCAUCCCAUGGCCGCAAAUCGUCGCUGUCGAGGUCCAAAUCGACCAAGGCCGCAAAAUCGCCCCGGCCCCUGAUGCCGACGCUGCCCCGUGCCCUGCUGCCGCUGAUCAAGCCCAAGAACGGUGACCCCUCAAAGCUCGAAGGCGACAAAGCCUGGACGGCCCUCUCGCCUCGGCUCAUGCCUUCCGCAUCGCCACGCCUGAUGCCCACAGUCUCUCCCCGGCUGAUGCCCACCAUUUCCCCGCGUUUGGCCCCGAAGCCCUCGGCCUCGGUACCGCCCAUGUCCAGCUUGACCCUUCCAGGAAACAGCAGCGACUACUGCGGGCCCUCGCCGGCUCUGUCGGCGUGCUCCUCAUCCUCCCUGUCUCCUGGCCUGCUGCCUUACUCGGGCCCGUGGCCGCCGGACCAGAAGCACGAUGCCAAAAAGUCGGCACAUUCUCGCAGCGAAAAAUCCCGCCGCGACCAGAUGAAGUCGUGCUUUGAGAGCCUCCGGAAUCUGCUCAGCACGGUCUCGAACAUCGAGGGCAUGAACGAAGUCGAGUUCUUCUCGGGCGAUGAGGGCGUUGACGACGAUGAAGAUGUCCUGGCUACUCUGCCUGCUCCGUCUGCUGCACAGUCCGACGACAACAUCAAACGCGAGGUCUCGCUGAUCAAGGAGCGUCUCCCCGUCGCGGGAACCGUCUCCAAGUUCAACCGCUUCCAGGUGCUGGCCCAGACCGUGUUCGUGAUCGAGAAGCUCAAGAAGCGUGUCGGUAAGAAGGAGGUGCUCAUCGAGAGGCUCAAGAACCAACUCGAGUCGAUCCGCCUUGGACUCGAGCUCGACGAGUCCGCCCUCGACGAGUCUGGCCUCGACAUGGACUCGACCUUUGAGCAGACCUCGGCCAUCAGCGAUCUCCUCAGUCACUCUGUCGCGAUGGAAAUAGGCUUUGAUCCCAGCGCAUCGGGUCUACGCGUCGACCACGAUCUCUUCGACCCCGACCACCUCAGCGGCCCCGACAUUCAUGCUACCGAAGAGGCCCUCAAGGGCUUUGACCUGCAGCACGUCAUCUCGACAACCAACUUCCACCUGCCGCCGUUCGACUCGGACCCACAGUCGAAUCUGCCUCUGGAGCUCAGAUGCGCGAGCCACGAGAGCCACUCUGCUAGCCACCUGGACUUCAACUCUGCCCUUGCCGGCUCCUAUCCAGCCACCACGGGCACAGCCGACCUGAGUCUCGUUGCCCAUGGCCUGGAUGGCGGGCUUGGUGCCGGGCUUGGUGCCGGGCUUGGUGCCGGGCUUGGUGCCGGGCUCGGGGCCUCCCAUCCACCCUCCGUCGGGGUCGUCUCGGCCGAUCCUCUCCAGGACUUUGCCGUCAGCUCUGCCCUGCGGGACAGUCACUUUGCCGCCAUUGCUACCAGCCGGCAGACACCUUCCCAGCAGUUCAUGGACUGGCACUAG